GGUCUUAGCUCACUUAAACCUAAUUUGAGUAAUAACAACAAACGAAAACAAAACUUUGCCCUUCAAACCCUCAACACCACCGCAUACUCCGACAACCACCGUUCAUCCUUCCACCGGAGAUGGAAACCGACCACCAACUUCUCCCAACCACCACCUCACAACCACAACAACCACCAUCUCGCCAACCAAAACGCUUCAUAAAAAACCAAAUCCCAGACUCAAUAACCACCGACCCAUCCCUCAACGCCGCCAUCUCCCUCCUCCCCUCCAACUACAACUUCGAAAUCCACAAAUCCAUCUGGCGCAUCCGCUCCACCUCCGCCAAGCGCGUCGCCCUUCAGUUCCCAGAAGGCCUCCUCAUGUACUCCUUAAUCAUCUCCGACAUCAUCACCACCUUCACUGACGUCAUCCAAUGCCUCAUCCUCGGUGACGUCACCUACGGCGCCUGUUGCGUCGACGACCUCUCCGCCGCCGCCCUUGACGCCGAUCUGUUAAUCCAUUACGGCCACAGCUGCCUCGUUCCGUUAGAUAACACCGUUAUCCCCUGUCUUUAUGUUUUCGUUGAUAUUAAAAUUGACGUUAAACGGUUAGUUGACACCGUUAAGUUGAACUUUGAUGAUGGUUUAAUAGUUAAAAAGCAGCUUAUUAUUGCCGGUACUAUACAGUUUGGUACGGCUAUUAGAGCGGCGAAAUCCGAGCUUGAGGGUUCAGGGUUUAGGGUUUUGAUUCCGCAAUCGAAGCCGUUAUCGGCUGGUGAAGUGUUGGGGUGUACUGCACCGACAGUUUCAACGAGUCAGUUGAGUGAGUUGACUCAGUUUGAUGAUGGGAGUGAAAGUGAGAGUGAGGUGGUUUUGAUUUUUGUAGCGGACGGGCGGUUUCAUUUAGAGGCGUUUAUGAUCGCGAACCCGAGAAUUAAGGCGUUUCGGUAUGACCCGUAUAUCGGGUCUUUGUUUCUGGAAGAGUAUGAUCAUAAGGGGAUGAAAGAGUGUAGGAAAAACGCGAUUUUGAAAGCGAAAACGGCGAAGAAUUGGGGGAUUGUGUUGGGGACGUUAGGGAGACAGGGGAAUCCGAGGAUUCUUGAUAGGUUGGAGAAGAAGAUGGGGGAGAAAGGGUUGUCGUGGACGAUUGUGUUGAUGUCGGAGUUGUCUCCUGCUAGGAUUGCGUUGUUUGGGGAUUUGGUUGAUGCGUGGGUUCAGAUUGCGUGCCCGAGGUUGUCGAUUGAUUGGGGGGAUGCGUUUGUGAAGCCGUUGUUGACAACGUUUGAAGCGGAAAUUGCUCUUGGGGAUUUCCCUGGUUGGUGGGAGAAGAAAGGUGCGGUUAAAGAUGAUUCGGGUUGUAAUAACGGUGUGGAUUGUUGUGGAAAGACUGAAAAUUGUUGUGGCAAGAAUGUCGAAGGCAAUGGUUUGAAGGGUUUGGAGGAGAAUGUUGUUGAUUACCCGAUGGAUUAUUAUGCGCAAGAUGGUGGUGAGUGGAACUCUUGUUACUCCAAGAAGCCAACUCGCCCUUCGCGUAGGAACAAUGUUAUGAAAUGAUUAGUUAUUCAUGGCUGUUAAGUGUUAACCACCUGCACUUUAGGGUUCUCAAUUAGUGCCUGAAGUGAGGUUUUCUUUAUCUUAACUGUCUGCUGGGAUUAUGAGGUUUGGUUAUAUACUUUUUGGUUUCUAUAUCUAGAGUUCAGUUUAUUAUUUUGAUUUGGUUCCUUAAUGUGGCUUUGGUAGCAAUCUUUUGAUUGUUGUAAUGUUGUUCAAUAGUAAUGGCAAGAUGUUUAUCGAACGUC